GAAUAAAUCAGGCAGGAAACCGAGAGCGAGAGAGAUAGCGAGAGCGCGCGAGCGCCGGCGGACUCGCCCAGGUCUGUUUCCAAAGUCGCCCUUGAUGGCGGCGGAGGCGCGGCAGCCGCGGCGCGGAGCAGCAGACGCGCGCUAGUGGGUCCGCCCGCCGCCGCCCCUUCCCCCGCGCGGGGUUCGCCCCUGCCGCCCCCAGCGCCUGUCCGCGCUCCGGCCCCGGGCGCGCCAGCCCUCCGGACGCCCGCGGUCCGGGCGGACUGUGCUCCUGGUCCUCCGCCCGCGGUUUCCAGCACCGCUCCUUCCCCCGGCCGGGGAGGGAGGCGGGAUUGAUCUUCGAUCGCGAAGAUGGCUGCUGGCUGCCUGCUGGCCUUGACUCUGACACUUUUCCAAUCUUGGCUGAUCGGCCCUUCGUCGGAGGAGCCGUUCCCUUCGGCCGUCACUAUCAAGUCAUGGGUGGAUAAGAUGCAAGAAGACCUUGUCACACUGGCAAAAACAGCAAGUGGAGUCAAUCAGCUUGUUGAUAUUUAUGAGAAGUAUCAAGAUUUGUAUACUGUGGAACCAAAUAAUGCACGGCAGCUGGUGGAAAUUGCAGCCAGGGAUAUUGAGAAACUUCUCAGCAACAGAUCCAAAGCCCUGGUGCGCUUGGCUUUGGAAGCAGAGAAGGUUCAAGCAGCCCACCAGUGGAGAGAGGAUUUUGCGAGCAAUGAAGUUGUCUACUACAAUGCAAAGGAUGAUCUUGAUCCUGAAAAAAAUGAGAGUGAGCCAGGCAGCCAAAGGAUAAAACCUGUUUUUAUUGACGAUGCUAAUUUUGGACGACAGAUAUCCUAUCAACAUGCAGCGGUCCAUAUCCCCACUGACAUCUAUGAGGGCUCAACAAUCGUGCUAAAUGAACUCAACUGGACAAGUGCCUUAGAUGAAGUUUUCAAAAAAAAUCGAGAAGAAGAUCCUUCGUUGUUGUGGCAGGUGUUUGGCAGUGCCACGGGCCUGGCCCGAUAUUAUCCAGCUUCUCCAUGGGUUGAUAACAGUAGAACUCCAAACAAGAUUGAUCUUUAUGAUGUACGCAGAAGACCAUGGUACAUCCAAGGAGCUGCAUCACCUAAAGACAUGCUUAUUCUGGUUGAUGUGAGUGGAAGUGUUAGUGGGUUGACACUUAAAUUGAUCCGCACAUCUGUCUCCGAAAUGUUGGAAACCCUCUCAGAUGACGAUUUCGUGAAUGUAGCUUCAUUUAACAGCAAUGCCCAGGAUGUGAGCUGUUUUCAGCACCUUGUCCAAGCCAACGUAAGAAAUAAGAAAGUGCUGAAAGAUGCAGUGAAUAACAUCACAGCAAAAGGAAUCACAGACUAUAAGAAAGGCUUUAGUUUUGCUUUCGAACAGCUGCUUAAUUAUAAUGUUUCUAGAGCCAAUUGCAAUAAGAUUAUCAUGUUGUUCACGGAUGGAGGAGAAGAGAGAGCCCAGGAGAUAUUUGCCAAAUACAACAAAGAUAAAAAAGUACGUGUAUUCACAUUUUCAGUUGGCCAACAUAAUUAUGACAGAGGACCUAUUCAGUGGAUGGCCUGUGAAAAUAAAGGUUAUUACUAUGAAAUUCCUUCCAUUGGAGCGAUAAGAAUCAAUACUCAGGAGUACUUGGAUGUUCUGGGAAGACCAAUGGUUUUAGCAGGGGACAAAGCAAAGCAAGUCCAGUGGACAAAUGUGUAUCUAGAUGCACUGGAACUAGGACUUGUCAUUACUGGAACUCUUCCGGUCUUCAACAUAACUGGCCAAGUUGAAAAUAAGACAAACUUAAAGAACCAGCUAAUUCUUGGUGUGAUGGGGGUUGAUGUAUCUUUGGAAGAUAUUAAGCGACUAACACCACGUUUUACACUCUGCCCCAAUGGCUAUUAUUUUGCAAUUGAUCCUAAUGGUUAUGUUUUAUUACAUCCAAAUCUUCAGCCAAAGAACCCCAAAUCUCAGGAGCCAGUAACUUUGGAUUUCCUUGAUGCAGAAUUAGAGAAUGACAUUAAGGUGGAGAUUCGAAAUAAAAUGAUCGAUGGAGAAAGUGGAGAAAAAACAUUCAGAACUCUGGUUAAAUCUCAAGAUGAGAGAUACAUUGACAAAGGGAACAGGACAUAUACAUGGACUCCUGUGAAUGGCACAGAUUACAGUUUGGCCUUGGUAUUACCAACCUACAGUUUUUACUAUAUAAAAGCCAAAAUAGAAGAGACAAUAACUCAGGCCAGAUAUUCAGAAACACUGAAGCCGGAUAAUUUUGAAGAAUCUGGCUACACAUUCAUAGCACCAAGAGAUUACUGCAAUGACCUUAAGAUAUCAGAUAAUAACACCGAAUUUCUUUUAAAUUUCAAUGAGUUUAUUGACAGAAAAACGCCAAACAACCCAUCCUGUAAUACGGAUUUGAUUAAUAGAGUCUUGCUGGAUGCAGGCUUUACAAAUGAACUUGUCCAAAAUUACUGGAGUAAGCAGAAAAACAUCAAGGGAGUGAAAGCACGGUUCGUUGUGACUGAUGGUGGGAUUACCAGAGUUUAUCCCAAGGAGGCUGGAGAAAACUGGCAAGAAAAUCCAGAAACAUACGAGGAUAGCUUCUAUAAAAGGAGUCUCGAUAAUGACAACUAUGUUUUUACUGCUCCCUACUUUAACAAAAGCGGACCUGGUGCUUAUGAAUCAGGCAUUAUGGUAAGCAAAGCUGUGGAAAUCUAUAUCCAAGGAAAGCUUCUUAAACCUGCAGUUGUUGGGAUUAAAAUUGAUGUAAAUUCUUGGAUAGAGAAUUUCACCAAAACAUCAAUCAGGGAUCCGUGUGCUGGUCCAGUUUGUGACUGCAAAAGAAACAGUGAUGUAAUGGAUUGUGUGAUUCUAGAUGAUGGUGGGUUUCUUCUGAUGGCAAAUCAUGAUGAUUAUACUAACCAGAUUGGAAGAUUUUUUGGAGAGAUUGAUCCAAGUCUGAUGCGACACCUGGUUAAUAUAUCGGUUUAUGCUUUCAACAAAUCUUACGAUUAUCAGUCAGUGUGUGAACCUGGUGCUGCACCGAAACAAGGAGCAGGGCAUCGCUCGGCAUACGUGCCAUCAAUAGCCGACAUAUUACACAUUGGCUGGUGGGCCACUGCAGCUGCCUGGUCUAUUCUACAGCAGUUUCUCCUGAGUUUGACCUUUCCACGACUUCUUGAGGCAGUUGAGAUGGAAGAUGAUGACUUUACAGCCUCUCUGUCAAAGCAGAGCUGCAUUACUGAACAGACCCAGUAUUUCUUCGAUAAUGAUAGUAAAUCAUUCAGUGGUGUGUUAGACUGUGGAAACUGUUCCAGAAUCUUUCACGUAGAAAAACUUAUGAACACCAACUUAAUAUUCAUUAUGGUUGAGAGCAAAGGGACUUGUCCCUGUGACACACGACUGCUCAUACAAGCAGAGCAGACUUCUGAUGGUCCAGAUCCUUGUGAUAUGGUUAAACAACCCAGAUACCGAAAAGGACCCGAUGUCUGCUUUGAUAACAAUGUCUUGGAGGAUUAUACUGACUGUGGUGGUGUUUCUGGAUUGAACCCCUCCCUGUGGUCCAUCAUUGGCGUCCAGUUUGUACUACUUUGGCUUUUAUCUGGCAGCAGACACUGCCAGUUGUGACCUUCUAAAACUAAAUCUGCAUAAUUAAACUCCAGACCCUGCCAAAACAUGAGCCCUUGGUCGCAUUAAAAUAGGGUCAACUGUGGAAUCAGCAGAACACUAGCUGGGCCCAUACCAUGGCAUAAAUGUAAGGCGCAGACUCAUAUGACACCCACUGGCUGCAUGUCAGGGUAUCAGAUCCUUGAACUUGUGUGAAUGCUGCAUCAUCUAUGUAUAACAUCAAAGCAAAAUUCUAUACAUGCUCUAUUGGAAGAUUUGAGAGUUUGUCGUUGCAUUGUUGGUGAUUACAUGUAAAAGGGCUCCCCAUACUGUUUAUGAAUCAUACAAAUUGUCUUGACCUUGACAUGGAAUUUUGACCUGCUGCAAUUCUCGUUCUUUUACCAAGAAAAUCUCUAGAGGAAAAAAUGGAGUUAUUUUUGCCUUCACGUAUUCUUCUGUUAAAAAUUAUUUCCUGCUUUGAGUAAUGGCUAUUGAAAAAAAAACAAAACAAAACAGAGAGAUUGGUGUAAUCUGUUGAAAUAGAAAUAAUGGCUAAUUUUCUACAAAAAAAAUUUGCCAUAAAUAAAAUGCCUUAUGAAGAAUGGCUUCUCUGCCAAAAAUAUAACACAAAUGAUGACCAAUUAAGUUUAGCUGAGAGAAUGAAUUGGUGUUUGAAAAUAAUAACUAAGAAACUAUUAAACUAAAGGUGCUUGAAGGUGCAAUUUGAAUAUGUUACCUAUUUCCUCAUAAAUGUAAGCCCUUAAUAAAUGCUUCGAUGUAAUGUUUCUUUUGUUCACAGUAAAGUUAUGUAGUGCUAGCCAGAUAUUUCAAAAAGCUCUAAGAGAAACUUGUUGGGGGGAGGGGAAAAUGUUUUUUCUCGUGAUAAAUGAACUUUGGUUACCAAGGGUAUUUUGCAUGAUGCUGCUGCUACUUUAACUUUCGGUUUUUGUUUUUCUCUUACUGUAGAGUAUAGUCCUUUGAAAAGUUAACUGAGUGACAUUAUUGUUAUGUAAGACUCUGAACCUUGCAGUGGAAUGCACUUAAGUCAUCUUUACAAAUGUCGUUCAAUUACUCUGAAUAUACUGUGCAAUGUCAAUGCCGAAUGAUUGGGUUAGGGAAAUGGUGAAAUGGGAAUUAAUGGAUUUUAUACAGACUCGUGCUUUUGCCUGAAAACCUAUGUACAGAUAUUUUAAGUACAUAAAUCAGAUUUGACACAUUUAUUUUUUGAAGAGUACAUAUAUGUUCUCAAUGAAGAUUCAUACUAGGUUUCCUCUUUGUUCGUGUGAAUAGUAGCACAUAAAAUCCAAACAUUUCUGCUGCUGCUGCUUUUGUCCCUCCAUUUUAAGCGGUAUGAUCACUUGACCAAAAUUUCCAUGCAGUUUGCUGAGGGUUUUAUAACAAUCUGAACAAAUAGGAAACCUUGAAUCUGUAUGUAUACACAUGAAUACUUGAUUGUGAAUAAUCAAAAUUGUUUUUAUACAGCCUCAUUGGUGAAAAUGAUUAGUAUAGUAAAUCAGAUAUUUCAUUAUAGAGUAAUAUGGUAGAUUAUUAUUUAUGCUUUUCAAAAUAAUUUUCAAGAGUCAACAGUGUUUGAAGAAAGGGUAAAAACAAUGAAUGUGUAAUUCUAGUUAAAGUGAGCAAUUCUGCCGAAGGCUAGAAGUGUGCAGAUAUUUUUUAUGGCAAGAUGCAUUUGUUCUUAUUUUGAACAUGCCAAAUUCUGGUGUGUGUAUAUGCUGGAAAUUUUCUUAUAUGUCAUUUUUAAGUCAAAAUCUUAUUAACAUUAUCCAGCAUGCUUUAAUAUGCUCUGCAUAUCAAAGACAUAACCACGUCUUUAGCAUAGCUUAAAAGACAUUUGUUUUGUUUUUAGCUUUGCAUACAUUUGUCAUUCCCUCUCACCACCAGUAUACCCUAGGUACCAUUUGUGUAUAUUUCCUUAUUUAAACUAUUUUUUAUUUAUAAAUGGGAGGGGGGCGGGAAUGGAAUCACUUUGCCAGCUAUUGUUCUAGGAGUUGACAUCAGUUACCAUUUCUAUCUCAUUGUUGUGAUUUUGUAGUCUCAUUUGUAACUGGUAUUGACAUUUUAGAAAACACCAAAGUGAUUUAAAAAAAUACGGAACUUCUCACUCUAGUAACACUAUGUUUCAAUCAUGUUGUUUGUUAAUUAAAUAUUUAAAACUUCUUGUUAACUUUUGCUAGACUAUUUUAGGUCAUCAAAGUGUUGGGAAGGGGAUAUCAAAAUAGCAAAUUAUGUUAGUUCGUGUGUAUACAUGAUGCACAUUAAAACAACUGAAUUGCUUCCAGCAUACAACAAACUACCUUAAAAUUAUCCUUCAAAUCUAUUAAAUAUGUUUUCAUGGCUAAUGUCACUGAAAUAGUAUGUUUUCAUCCACUGCAUUAUUGUUGCCUCCAUCACAGUUAACCUUGGCAUCUCUUGGCAGGGUCCUAUUGAUUCCAUUUACCAUCAAAAUAUAUUUACGUGCACGAGUCUUGCUAUGAUCCUUUUUUUUUUCUGUUAUAAAACAAACCUAUAUUAUGAGACCCACAUACAUGGUGAUAAAUUGGGUAAGAACGUGCUUUCUGACUAAAAAUUGUUCUCAUGCCUAAUACUGGCCUUCAUACGUUUAGCAAUUUUUUCAAAGACAGUAACACUCAUUCCAUCACACUGUUCUAUUUAAUUUAGGAUUUUUCUGUGAGUUCUAAUUGUCGACCAGAACUUAAAUAGCCUGUUAUAAAUACUGGUUUUCAAAGACUAAACAAUAUAAGAGAUCAAGAAAAAAAGCUUUUAGACUCUUAGGUUUAUUUAAUUUUGGCUCUACUCAUCCAGUUUCAUGUAGUUUGCCAUUAGAACAAAAUCAAAAUAAGUCUUACGUUGGUGUUGAGUAACAGGAAUGAUUUUUGCAUUAAUGGUUUCUUUCUAUUUUCUUCAUUUGAACAACCAGCAUUACUGCCAAACACCAAUCGUGGUCCAUAUUUGUAACAGGUUUUUAACAUGACAUAGUUAGCAAGUUUGAUUGAAGAGAUUUUUAGGUCCUGGGCCUAUAAGAUUUUAGUAUGAUCUUUUUUCAUGUUUCUAAUGCUUGAGGCGUUACUGCUUAACUUGGAAAAACAACAAAACAGUGUUGCUGCCAUUUGUAAGUUUUCCUAUAAUAUUCCUUUUAUUAACUUUAAAACUGGCCUUACUGGGUUCAAAUAGGCAGUAUCCCUUUUAAGUGACCUUUGCAACCCAAGUGUUACUUGCUUAUUUGAUGCUCUCUUCUAUUUUACAUCUCAUUUUAAUCUUUCUCUCCACCAAAGCUUAAAUUCUAUGUCUUAAUUUAAAACUCUAAACUAUUCCAUUGAUCGUUAGCUGACACUAAGAAAUCUAGAGGUAGACAGCUUGACCUUGUGAAACAAAACGGACAUUGUGACUUUUUUAAGUGUAGAAUAGAAUGAGUUCACGUGCCCACAGCUGAAAAUAUCUCAUCGUUAUCUAGAACUUGGUUGUUUUCCCAUUAGCCGAAUGUUAAUAUUGCUAAUAUUCCGUGUACCUUUCUGUAAACAGCAAAUCAAUACAACAUAACUAUCGAGUGUUGAAUAAAUUCCAGAAUUUCAAAGACUCAGAUAACGCUUACCAAUAGUUUCAUCUACCUUACUUCUAGUUCACAUAAUUAACUCAAAGAAAUUCCACGGAGACUAAUGGGAUACUGUCUUGUAUAGAUGCCGGUUGAGUUUACCGCGUGGCCUGACAAAGCUGUCUUUUUUGUUGUGCUGUAUGAUUGUUGGAUCGUGCGUUUAGGAUACUUUUAUUAAAAUGCUCAGUGUGCAUCCAUGCGAAAGGCCAAUUGGCUCUGUGAACAAAAGAUCUUUUCUCCCCUUUAUUAUGUUCUCUUGACACUUUUGUGGAAAUUAACUAGCCUGAUAAAACACAUUUUGUAAAAAUUUGUAUAAUACUGUUAUAAAAAUAUUUAUAAUCCCAGAAAAUGUUGUGUUAAAUCUUGUGCAAAAACAGUAUAUUCAGAAUAAAAGUUUAUCAUUUAAAGUCA